AAGACGCAUAAGACGUAAGACGUAUAAGACGCAGGUAUUUCAAAUAUUUGCUUCCGUCAACAUAGAUUCGAUAGAAUGAUAUUUGCUUCCGUCAACAACUGAUCGCAGCAUUUGAUUGAAACUGUUGUUAUUGAUUAUUGACUGAGAGAAAGCAAAGAAAAUGUCUUGCUUUGGCUCCACACACACCUACAAAGGGCAAGACUACACUAAACUGAAGAAAGAAGCUCAACAGAAAGGCACUCUUUUUAUAGAUCUGGAAUUCCCCCCUGAUGACCGAUCUCUUUUCUACUCUCAGGGCAAACUCGCAGAUGUUGUAUGGAAGAGACCUAAGCAAAUAUGUGAGAACCCCAAGUUUUUUGUUGAGGGAACUAGUUCUGGUGAUGUCAAACAGGGACGACUGGGCAACUGUUGGUUUGUGGCCGCCUCCUCUUGUCUGGCCAUUCACAAGGACAUCUGGCAUAAGGUUAUCCCUGAUGCCAAGGAACAAGAGUGGGAUGAAAAUAAUCCCAACAACUACCAGGGGAUCUUCCAUUUUCAUUUCUGGCGGUUUGGUGAAUGGAUUGAUGUAGUGAUAGAUGACUUCCUACCCACACAAAACAAUCAGCUCAUCUAUAUACACUCUCAAACCAAAAACGAGUUCUGGAGUGCCCUGCUGGAAAAAGCUUAUGCAAAACUGUUUGGUUGCUACGAGGCUCUGGAUGGUGGGGAGUUGUCUGAGGCUCUGGAGGAUUUCACUGGGGGAGUCUCAGUCACCGUCAACAUGGUCAAACUAAACCUUGCUAAUGACGCUCAGGAGCGGGCGGCACUAUUCACCAGAAUGCAAAAGGAGGCAGGAAGGAAAGCUCUCAUGGCCGCCUCUAUUCCUGCAGAGUCGUCUGAAGAAAUGGAGGCGUCCACGGAGACAGGCCUAGUGAAAGGUCACGCAUAUGGUGUCACAGCCGUCAAAAAUGUCGCUCUGGAAGGGUCUGGACUUUUCAGCUUCUUCAAGACUGAGAAAAUUGCAAUGGUUCGUCUUAGAAAUCCCUGGGGACAAGGAGAAUGGAAUGGUCCAUUUAGUGAUGGAUCCCCUGAAUGGCAGAAGAUUUCAAAAGAUGAAAGAGAAAAGAUUGGUCUGACUUUUGAAGAGGAUGGAGAAUUUUGGAUGUUAUUUGAUGACUACUGCAAGCACUUCGUGGAGACUGCCAUUUGUCGAGUGGUCAAUACCUCCAUGUUUUCUCUGAAUAAGACUUGGCACGAGGGACUCUCUCAUGGAGCCUGGAAAUCCCCGGGGAGAGCUGGAGGGUGUAUCAACCACAAAACGACCUUCGCCAGCAAUCCACAGUUCAUAUUUGACAUCACAGAAAGUGAAGAUGACCCAAUGUUUCACUUGCUUCAAAAGAGCACUCGGUCAGCUGCGGGAAAAGAGAAUGAUACCAUUGGAUUCUCCAUAUUCAAAGUGGAGAAAAACAGAAGAUGUCGGAUUCAUGACCAUACCAAGCAGAUGUUCGUAGAGUCGAGUACCUUUAAGAACAGUCGAUCCAUAUUUCUACAGCCUGCACUGAAGGCAGGGAGAUAUGUGGCCAUUGUGUGCACAUUUGAACCAAAUAUUCAGGGAGAGUUUCUCUUCAGAAUGUACUCUAGUUCUGCUAGUAACUUUAAGGAGUUAACUGUGGACAAGCCAGGGUUGGGAUGCCUGAAUUUAUGCUGCUGUUGUUGCUUUGGAGCAGGAGUGAGGCUGGUGACCCAAAUCCAGAUCCUGAAGGCCGAGGGGCUGGAGAAACAAGACGUUGGUUCUGGUGCUGAUCCAUACUGUAUUGUUUCUUGUGAGAGAGAGAAAGUCAGAACCAAGACUGUGGAGGAUACAAUAAACCCAGAGUGGAAUGAAUCCGUUAUAUUCUACAGAAGGAAUAUGAGGAAACCAUUGAAAAUUCAGAUUUGGAACAGUAAUGUAAUUCGAGACUCCUACCUGGGGAAGCAUGUGUUUACCAGCACUGCCGACUUCAUGGACAACAUACAGACAGUGGAACUGGUGGGGAGGGGCAAGAACGGAGAGAAAAAGCCCGGUAAGCUGUACAUCAAGGUCACCCAGAGCAGGAACCUGCUGGCCGUGUGAAGGGGGGGAAGGGACCUCUCAUUGGACACCCCAGCAGUGGCAACGCGAGCCUCAUGUAACCCAGUGCUUUGUGACUCAGAAUCUCAACUUGCUCAGACAUGAAUAUGGUAAUGUUUAGAAUCAAACCUAUUGGUACUGUAUGCUUAAUGUUCGUUUGGAAUUUUCUAGGAAAAGCUUGUUGAGGUUUUGAAAACCUUAUUAUGGUGCUCUUACCAAUGUGCAUCAUUUGUACAGGUAAUUUUAUUCAUCUUGCUGAAAUUAAUGCUGGUAUUAUUAUAAACGUUUGCCUUUAUAUCACUGUAUGAUACUGUGACAUUUUAUACACCACUAUAAUACUCAUACAUGUUGUUACUAUGGGCUUCAAAGAAGAGUUAGCUUGUGUUCACAUUGAGGUAUAAUUCUUUGGAUUAUGUAUUAUUUUCAAUCAAUUCUUCUCAGUUUUAUAGUUAAUGUGAUAUUAGUUUUGUUUUUAUUCAGUACAAAUGAUAUAAAAGUAGAUAGCUGUAUAGGGAUACAUUUUGUUCCUUUUUUCCAGCAGGGUAGCUAUCUCACUAAACAGUGUCAACACUAUUUUUAGUCCUGUGUCCAUGACAUUAUGUUCAACUAAGUUUCAAAUUUCGAUGUCUUCUAUUAGGUUUGACUUGAAAUUUACUUGAAUUGCGGUUUUCUGUCAAGCCUUAUUUCUAAGAAAGAAUUAUACUUGUUGAUAAACGUUUUGGUUGUACCCAUGAAUUUGGUUGUAAUGUAAUUAUUUUGCAAUAAGUAUAUUUCAUGCUUAUUUAUUGGUGUAUUAUGUAUGAGAUUUAUGAAAUAGUACUGUAUGCCAAUCCAUAUAGGCAUAAAAAACCACCAAGUCGACACAGACUAGAGAUUAUUACUGACCUUUGGUCUUGAGAUUUGAACCAUUUUUUAUCUUAAAUUUUGUUUAUUAUUUCAGUAAUAUUUUUUCUUUGAAUCCAAAUCCAUGGUCUUUUAUGUCUGGAUUGACUUACACUGUUCCUACUGUAACCAUAUGUUUACAUGUGUAGUAAGUACUGGUAAGUUAUGAACCUUGACCCUGUUUGUUUAUAGGCUCUUUGAUUGUUGAGAAGUAAGCUCUGUGCAAUAAUAUAUGUAGAAACUUUGUAUUGUAGCCUUUUAUCCUUUAGCCUACCUGGCUGGCCACUGAUAUGUUCAUUUCCUGUCACGGCCAGUGUAUACCUGUAUCUACUGGGCAUUACCAUGGUACUUGUAGUGUAGACUCAGUCAAGUGUGGGGUAGCUGUUUUUGUGGUGGGUUUUUUCUUUGUUUUUUACAUUUUACUGUAUAACCUGCCAUUUUAUAAUUUCAUAGUUUUGUUUACUGCUUUUGUUUAGAUUUUAUUUAAAAAUAAAAAUAGUUUUAUUGAUA